AAAAUCUCAACAAAGUUAAUACGUCGCCGUUUUGUGUUUUAUUAUCCCUUUUCUACUUUUCCCUUAAAUAACCGUCGGACUCGUAUUUCUCGCCUCCGCCGGCGAACUGUUUUCUCUCAUCUUUCUCUCUCUAAAACUCGUGGUCUAAUUUCUGCCACAAAACCCUAAUUUUCUUAAACCCUAAAUUUCCUGUGAUUUCUGAUACAAUUGAUUCAAUUUUGUUGUUGAUUUCUCAAUCCAUUGUUUACGAAUCUCUUAUCUAAGCUACAUUCUCCGGGAAUCGUUUUAGUCGUCUCGAUUAUAGAGUCGCUUACCCAAGGGUUGACUCGUUAUCUCUUUCGCUAAUUGCUGUUGAAUUUUUAUGCAAUGAUGGUGCAUAAUGGAGGAAACUAAAGGAUUCUGUGAUCCGGAGAAUGGGAGCUCGAGUUACGGCGGAAAACCGCCGAAUCCUCUCUCCUUCUCAUCUUCUUCCUCUUCUUCCGCCGCCUUAUACAGGCAGGGAUUUGACGGCGACCGAUUUCUGGCGCCGUGUAAUAAGAAGUCGCUGGUUCGACACUCAUCUCUCGUGAAGACAAAGGUGUCAGAUAUAUCUGUUGAGAACGAGUUUGCUUUAGAGAAGAACAACUCAGAGUUUGAGUUUGUUCCUGCUAUGCGUUCUGGAGCUUGGUCUGAUAUUGGCUCGAGGUCAAGCAUGGAAGAUGCUUAUCUAUGCCUCGAUAAUUUCAUGGAUAGUUAUGGUCUCAAGAACUCUGAAGAAGGACCAAGUGCCUUUUAUGGGGUAUUUGAUGGACAUGGUGGGAAGCAUGCGGCUGAUUUUGCGUGUCACCAUAUACCGAGGUACAUUGUUGAGGAUCAAGAGUUUCCUAGUGAAAUCAAUAAGGUGAUUUCUUCGGCGUUUCUUCAAACAGACACUGCCUUCUCAGAGGCGUGUGCUUCGGAUGGGAGCCUUUCUUCAGGAACUACUGCUUUAGCAGCUAUUCUCUUUGGGAGGUCGUUGGUGGUGGCAAACGCUGGAGAUUGCAGAGCAGUCUUGUCUCGUCAGGGGAAAGCCAUUGAAAUGUCGAAAGACCACAAGCCCAUGAGCAGUAAAGAGAGAAGACGCAUCGAGGCAUCAGGUGGAUAUGUAUACGACGGCUACCUAAACGGGCAGCUUAACGUGGCUCGUGCCCUCGGGGACUUUCACAUGGAAGGCAUGAAGAAUAACAAAGACGGUUCUAACAAUGGACCUCUCAUUGCAGAGCCUGAGGUCAUUACAACUAAACUAACCGAAGAAGACGAGUUCCUCAUAAUGGGGUGCGAUGGGGUCUGGGAUGUGUUCAUGAGCCAGAACGCCGUGGAUUUCGCUAGAAGGAGACUCCAGGAGCACAAUGAUCCGGUCAUGUGUAGUAGAGAGCUGGUUGAGGAAGCUUUGAAGAGGAAGAGUGGGGAUAAUGUGACGGCGGUUGUUGUGUGUCUUCAGCCGCAGCCGCCACCCAACUUGGUUGCGCCGAGGCUGAGGGUUCAACGGAGCUUCUCGGCGGAGGGUUUGAAAGAUUUACAAAGCUACUUGGAUGGCUUGGGGUGCUAAUGAGGAGGGUGACGAAUGAUUUGAUUACUCUGUUUUUGUUUUUGUUUUUGUCUUUUGUUACAAUUUAUAUAGUUUUUGGGUUUUUGGAGGUUUUUAUUUGUUAAAUUCUUGCAAUUUGAGUAAGCUAUUAGAUCAGGCGGCAUACAAUUAUUUAUUGUUUGGUAAAAUAUAUAUUUUUGUCACUUUUUUAUAAUAAUAAUUCUGCAUCAGUUUCACUUUUUUUUAGAAAUAAAGAG